AUUUUUACGUUCAAAUAUAACAACUCCUUCGUCUUUUCGCAACUGGUCAUCAUCGUGGUUAGGGUUCGGUUCCCAUCUCUGGAAAUUCACCACCGUGCCGGAAUCUCGUACUCCGUCGCAGAAACCUCCAUCAGGUGAAUGGCAUCUCCUGAUGACGAGAGUGCUCCCAACAUCCAGGAAAAGAAGCGUGGGGUGACUGUUAUGAAAGAGGUCGCCCGUGCAAGAAGCAGGGGAGUGAAACUUGAGGUUGGAUGGAAUAAAAGGGGUCAACCAAUUGAACCCAACUGCUCAAAAUUGGUGGGUUAUAUUGGGGUCGUUGUUCGGCAGAUGGUGCCAAUUACUUGUGAUCAUUGGAGAGAUAAGGCUUUGGACGAUUUAAAAAAGAACAUUUGGGCUGAUAUAGAGUCAUCUUUUGUUGUUGAUGAGAGUCGUAGGCGAUUUAUACUUAUGGAAGCCGGUAAAUUGCAUAGACAAUUCAGAGCUCACUUAACAAGACGGUUUCUAAGAGAUGCUGAUGGGAAUGUCAAUGAGCACCCUCCAGCAAAAUAUGCACACAUCAUAUCUGAGGAUGUUUGGAGAGCUUUUGUAGCUAAACGUGUCGAGGCCUCCUUCCAGAAAUUAAGUGAAGCAAAUAGAAAAAGAGCGUUAAAUCCUGCCUAUCCAUAUAGAAAAUCACGCAUGGGGUAUGCACGCCUUGAGCAAAAGUUGCUACAGGAGAUGAGAUCAAAGAAUAAACCACCAAAGACUGCCCGUGUAGACAAGGCCAAUGUGAUUGACAAUGAAAACAUUCAGCAAGAGACUUUAUCACAGUCAGUAUCACAGGGGGAGAAGCAAGAUUGUGGUAGUCAGGACAUACUUGGUAAAGUCUUUAAUGUACCAGAGCAACCUGGUCGUGUUAGGGGUGUGGGAUUUGGGGUCUCUAUAAAAGACUACUUCCCACCUCAAAAGCGCCAGAAACGGGACAAUGCAAGUGAGAUACAGCGCUUGACAGAAGUGGUGGAAAGCCUCAUGCGACAGGUUAAUGAUUUGGAAAAUCGACUUCAGAUGCAGAAUGAUGUGGAGAGGCAGCCUAAUUCACGCCCUAGUGCCAUACAUAGUUGCAUGCUCACACCUUCCAACCUUCAUGUGUUACCUGGAAAAUCCAAAGGGAAGGGUAAAGGCUUGGGGAGCACAAAGAAGUCUAUUGCGCAACCAAUGAAGAACCAGGGAAAAUCUGUGCUUCAGCCUUCUGCUGCAGUUCGUGCUCUUAGCCAGUCCAGCUCCUCAGAUGGUAGUGUCUCAGGAAGUUGUUGAACUUGUGAAGGAAGUUGCUGAAUCUGUGAAAGUGACUAUUAUAAAUUUGUCACCCAGAUUUUGUUUUAAGGCCUUUGAGGAGGCUCUGAAAAGUGUGCCUUCAGGAACUGUGUUUAAUUUGUUGUCAUCAGGUUUCUGUUUCUUUCUUUAUGAAGUACCAUCGAUGGCUGGGAAGACCGACCACCUAGUAAAUAUAAAGCUAAUAUCUUACUUUCCUAGUAAUGCUUUCUGAAUUUUAGAAAUUUUUAUGCAAUGGAUAUUUUUCAUGUUUUAGAAAUUUUAACCAUGCACGGUUAUUGAA